CCUGCUGACCUACCUAGCAACUAGGCUUUGCACUUGAGACGGUUUGCUUCAGGCUGUUGAACAUUUGCUGCAGUGACAGCUUGUGACUUGACCCUGCCUCAAGCAGCUCGAGAUGAUGGAUGAGCGUAGAGAAAGCCGUAUUCCUCGGUCAGGCAUCCCAGGGGCCGGGGUGCCAGCACCAACAGCCAAGCCGCUGGAGACAAGCCGGACUGCGAACGUAGCGCCCACUGCCAGCGGGCCGUUGGGCAAGCGCAAGGCUGAUGCCACUGAUGCAGCUCCCGACAACAAGCGGCCCACGUUCUCAUCGGGCGCGGGUGCUCGCCCGACUCGCUCAAACACCACGGGGGGCGCUGGAGGCCGCACCACCUCCCUGCAGGGCGCGACCUCGGCUCGCACGGGGCCUAGCGCCGGUGUGGGUGGGAGCGAGCUGGGCCCUAUCGCCGAGGAGACGUGGGACGACAUCCGCGACAAGACUGGGCAGGGCGUGGAUGACGUUCUGAACAAGAAGUUGAGCUUCCCCAAGGGCACCAAGCCCGAGCGCAAAGUGGAGGCCUUCGUGCCGCUGGUCAAGGAGCUCAAGGCCCUGGGCCGGCACCUGCACAGCAGCAGUCAGCGGCUAGAGCUGGACGUGGAGCAGUGGAAGCGCCACAGCGCCGAGCUGUCCACGGCGGCGGAGGCGGAGCGCAAGGAGUGGAACGCCAAGCAGGAAGAGGUGGCGGCGCAGAUGACACAGAUCCGCGAGCUGCUGGAGAUGCAGGAGCAGCAGAACAAGCAACUUGAAGCGGACGUGAAGGCGGGCGAGGAGUCGCUGGCGGCCAAGGAGGCGGCGCUGGCGGCGGUGCAGGGCAAGCUGGAGGGCGUGCAGGGCGAGGUGGACCGCACCACCAAGGCGCUGGAGGAGCGCGAGGCCAAGAUCCGUGAGAUGGAGGAUGUUGUCCGCACCGGCCAGAAGUACAGCACCACGCUGCAGAGCUACAACACCAGUCUGCAGGCGGACCUGACGGCGGAGAAGGCGCGGCGCGACGAGGUGCAGAAGGCCAAGGAUGAGCUGCAGGGCCAGGCGGCGGAGCUGGGCGGUAAGGUCCGCAGCCUGGAGCAGCUGCUGGCAUACGAGCGGGAGCAAGUGACCAAGCUGCGCGAGGAGCGCGAGGCCGCCACACGCGACCUGGCCAUGCUGCGUGCCGACCUGGACAACACACGCCAGGAGCGCGAGCGUGCGGUGGCGGACGCCGCCAAGGCCAAGGAGGACAUGGAGCGGCUGCGGGCGGUGGGCGGCAAGAGCCUGGAGACGCUGGAGGCGCUCAACAACGACAAGGCCACCAUGGAGGCCCAGCUGAGCAUGCAGAUCAAGACGAUUGCCUCCAUGCGUGAGGAGCUGGCGGGCGCCAAGGAGGGCCGCGCCAUGGCCGACGCCAUGGCCGACAGCCGCGCCGCACAGAUCACGGAGCUCAAGGCGCAAGUGGAGAGCCUGCAGAGCUCGCUGGCGGACGCGGAGAAGCGCGUGUACGCGGGCGAGCUCAUUCGCCGCAAGCUGCACAACAUUAUCCAGGACCUCAAGGGCAACAUCCGCGUCUACUGCCGCGUGCGCCCCGUGAGCGCCGCCGAGGCCGCCGACCCCGCGCACGACAGCGAGAUGUCCCUGGACUUCCCCACCAGCGGCGACCUGCUGGGCCGCGGCCUCAGCGUGGUGGUGCCCGGCAACCUCACAGGCCAGGCGCCGCAGAAGCACCAGUUCGCUUUCGACCGGGUGUUCAGCCCGGGCACAGGUCAGGAGAUGGUGUUCGACGAGAUAUCAGAGCUGGUGCAGAGCGCCCUGGACGGCCACAAGGUGUGCAUCUUCGCCUACGGCCAGACGGGUAGCGGCAAGACCUACACUAUGCUGGGCAGCCGCGACCAGCCGGGAGUCAUCCCGCGCGCCAUGCAGCAGAUCUUCACCAGCGGCCAGAAGCUGGCCGCGCAGGACUGGCGCUUCAACAUGCAGGCCAGCAUGCUGGAGAUCUACAACGAGGACAUCCGCGACCUGCUCAGUCGCAAGAAGGACGACGGCAAGAAGCACAACGUGACGCACGACUCCAACGGCGUCACCAACGUAAGCGACAUGACAAUGGUGGACGUGAACCGGCCCGAGGCGGUGGAGCAGCUGCUCGCGCAGGCCAUGGAGAAGCGCACGGUGGGCUGCACGCACCUGAACGAGCAGUCGUCGCGCAGCCACAUGGUGUUCACCAUGCGCAUCGAGGGCGACAACACCGCCACGGGCGCCAAGGUGUCGGGUGUGCUGAACCUGAUCGACCUGGCGGGCAGCGAGCGCGUCAAGGAGAGCGGCGCCACUGGGCAGCGGCUCAAGGAGGCGCAGGCCAUCAACAAGUCGCUCUCGGCGCUGGGCGACGUCAUCAUGGCCCUGGCCAACAAGCAGGAGCACGUGCCCUUCCGCAACUCCAAGCUCACCUAUCUGCUGCAGCCCUGCCUGGGCGGUGACUCCAAGACGCUCAUGUUCCUCAAUGUGGCGCCCACCCGCGAGUUCGCGCACGAGUCCAUGUGCUCGCUGCGCUUCGGCUCCAAGGUCAAUGCGUGCGAAAUAAACGUGCCCAAGAAGAACGUGGUGGUGCCGCGCGGGUGAUGGGGUUGACCAGCGGUGGAGGAUGUGUGGUGCUAGGGAAGGACAGGCGAUGGUCUGGAAGGAGGUGCUGGGUAGAGGUGGUGGCGAACUGCUUUGACUGGGUUCGCGUCUUUGCGAUCGGGGUGAGCCUUCCAAUCUGAGGCUGCCAUGACAGCUCAUGGGGUUGCACGCCACGACGUGGGUUACGGGAUAGGCCAGGGGAGGCCUGGGGGCUGGCAGAUGACUUUGAGAGCUGCACCAACGGUUUUGUGGGCUCAUGCGCACCAGUGUGCGGCGUGUGGAAGUAGGCUUUCGUAGGGACAAGGGGUGUCAGCUUUGUACAGCUGGAAAUUGGGCUGAGCCCCUGUACGCUUGGGAGCUAAUAGGCAUGUAACGCCCCGUCAGA